CACUGCUCAAAUUAAGUCUCUCUCAGUCUCAUAUGACGAGAUCCCCCGUACGGAAGGCCUGUAAAUCUGUGGCUCAAAUUGAGGCAUAUAUUUACCACACCCACACCCACACCCACACCCAUACCCAUAUUUCGCAUUCUAUAAAAAGUUCCUCCUUUCUGAGUACUCUGGAGCUCCUCUUCCUUUCUUUUAUCCUUCUCUUCUCUUACAAUUCUCUCCUUUUUUUUUUUUUUUUUAGUUUCUUCCUCUCCGAAAAUCCCACCCCCCCCCCCCCCCCCCCCAAUAAACAACUACUUCCUCAAUUACCCCCUACAUCUACUCAUCCAAACUCUAAGCAUAUACAACUACUUUCUCUUUCUCUUUUAGUCCCAUCUUUUUCGUAUGCUUACUUCUCCUUCGCCUUAGGGUUUUUCUGACUGAGACUGUUCAUUUUUCUUAUUCCUUCUCUGGGUUUUGAAAAUUAAAAAAAAAAAAGAGAAAUGGGAAGAGGUAGGGUUGAGAUGAAGCGGAUCGAGAACAAGAUCAGCAGACAAGUAACGUUCUCAAAGCGACGGUCGGGAUUGUUGAAGAAAGCUCAUGAGAUCUCUGUGCUUUGUGAUGCAGAUGUCGCUUUGAUUGUUUUCUCCACCAAAGGAAAGCUCUUUGAGUUUUCUUCUGACUCCAGCAUGGAGGAGAUCCUGGAACGUUACGAAAGAUACUCUAAUGCACAAAAGCAACAAGCUGCUCCUACUCUUUCUGAAUCACAGGACAGUAGUAGGUGGACGUUGGAAUUCCCAAAGCUGAUGAGCAGAGUUGAAGUAUUGCAAAGGAACCUUAGGAACUGUAUGGGAGAAGAUCUAGAUCCUUUGAGCAUGAGAGAACUUCAAAAUAUAGAACAACAAAUCGAUGUAGGUCUUAAGCGCAUACGAACAAGAAAGAACCAAAUCAUGAAUGAAAGCCUUUCAGAUUUGCAGAAGAAGGCAAAGACAUUACAAGAUCGCAACAACUUGAUAACAAAUCAGCUUAAGGAGAAUGAGAAGAGACUAGUUGACAGCACAAACUUGAAUCAGCAAGCCAAUAUUAACUCUCCAAACUCGUCCACUUUCUUGCUUCUGGCUCCACCUCCAAGACCACGGUCGCUUCCUUUAACUAUCGGUGAGGCUUUCCAGGAAAGAGUACUUACAGAAGAAAACAAUGAAAGUCAAGCUCAUGAGCAGCCUACCACCAUCACCACUCGAAUGCCGCCAUGGAUGCUUCAACAUCUGGAAAAAUAAACUUUUGGGGUUUCCUCCCCACUUAGCAGGCUGAUGAAGUUCCAUUGAAAUAUAAUGAUAAAAACAUGUUCAAUAAACUUUUUUUUACUAUAAGGCCAAGAAAUCAAAGAAAUAGAUUGUAAAUUGACUCAUGUCUUUGACAGCCUAUUGAGGGAAGUUUUAGGCUUAAUUGUAACAAGUGGGCAUUUGCUAACUAAUGAAUGCUACUAGAGCAACUUUAAGUUCUGAGAAACCUGACACCUAGUUUGUGCUGUCUUAGUACAUUAAUUAUUUGCAAUGAAAAUUUACAAUUGUUUUCUCUAUA